CGGGGUCGUGACAAGUGUGACUUGCUCUUUUCAUCGCGCGCUAUGAUGCAGAGCCGCCUUAAAGUUCUGGCCAGUUCUCAUUUCUCUCGGCGCGUCCAAUGGCAGCUAUUCCAUUCUCCUGCAAAGCCCGUCGGUGCUCGCUACUAUGCCAUCAACCCGUUUAAUUGGGUUCCUGACAAAGUGAAGGAAAAAUUUGGUAUGAAAAUGAGAGAGGCGGAAAGCGAGGAAGAGGUUGCGGCAGCCAAGAAGGAAGCUGAACAGCGAGGGGAAAGCAGUAUAUUCGAGACCGUCACUGUCACCGAACCGGAAGGCCCGGAAUCCUCAACACCCUCCCCAGACAUGGCCAAGCCUCUCGAUGCCUCUCCAAAGGAGGAACCAGCCGUACAAAUCGAGCGCAAGGGCGACUCGCACAAAUAUUCGACAGCUGUCUUCAAAAUCUCGCAUCGCAAGCUGAAUAUGAUUGGUCGGCAGAUUUCAGGAAAGCCUAUCAACCAUGCGAUCCUUCAGAUGCAAUUCAGCGAAAAGCGUGCCAGUACGCGUAUCAUGAACAUGCUCGCGACAGCUAGAGAUCAUGCUGUCCGGUAUAAAGGUCUUGAUGGACAGAGGCUUGUAGUCGCUGAAUCAUGGGUGUCGAAGGGUAAGCACAACCGAAAGAGGCUGGAACCAAAAGGAAGAGGCCAUGUGGGUGUUCAAGUACAUCCUCAGGCCAAGCUGUCUGUUGUGUUGAAAGAAGGACGGACGUUGGAAGAACAAAAGGCCAAGGAGAAGGCUUUCAAAUUGAAGAGAAUCGUGUCUGCUGCGGUAACGAGAGAGGAUAAGCCAAUACGAAAUCCUGGAGCUAUGUGGGCAUGGUAGCAUGCAUUCAUGUAUCUAGUACUCAGCGUAGAAAUUUUUUUAUUACCUUGCUUGUCAAGGUCUCUCUAGGUCUAAAAUCUUCGCUUACACAAGCCAUGGUCUUCCCGUGAUAUGACAU